AUGUCUUCGGAUUCAAUAUCAAAUAUUGAAACUUCAACGGUUCGCGAUCUCACAUAUUAUGUAAAUAUAAUAAGUCGAUACUUGAGCCCUCCAUCAGCGACGGCGAUUCCUUCAGAAGAUAGUGAGCUAACUAGUGACGAAAGGUUACAAUAUGCUAUAAAAUAUUAUCAUGAAGCAUACGAGCUUUUUCCUAAUUCUUAUGAAAUCAAGCUCUUAGGACAUAAAAUCGCAAUCAAGGAAGGUAACAUGACUCAAGCGCAGAUUCAGUUUGAUGAAUUACGUGUGCUCCACCCUGAUCAUGAACCGUUAAAGAAAUAUCUAGUCGAAAUAACAUACUCCGUACUCCAUCGAACAAUGGACGACAAUUUCACAUUCUUUUUACGACUUCCUGCUCGAACUCAAAAAGAAGUAAUAAUAAAUAGUGCCGUAUGGCAUGAAAAUACAGACAAUUUAUUAGAUGCCUGUGAAUUAUAUGCCUUGCUAUUGAAGGCAUAUCCAGAUACUGUUACUUAUUAUGGGGCACACGCUGCUCAACUUGCGUUAAAGUGUGAAAUCCAAUACAAGCCACUUUCAGAGUGCAAUAA